AGGGAGUCUCCCUGCACCUGGGAGAUUCUCUCCAGCUUUGCAUUUUCAGGUGUUUAUAAUGGUAGCUGCAUCUCCACCAGCUUACUAGAGAGCCAGGCAGCUGAAGCUGAAGCUGAAGGAUCACUUGCUAUGUCAGCUGAGUGAAGACUCAGGUUAACCCACCACACCUCCUUCACUGCUGCAGUCCUACAGGUCACAGACGAUGGGGCUUCUUGAGGAGUUUGAUCAUUACUCUUCCUUGGCCAAACUCACAGCAAUCUACGAAGCAAGCAACAGGACCACCUUCAACUGGACAGACAGCCGCAUUGUGGAGUGGGAGAAAUUUGCUGAGCUGGCUAAAUACGAGCCAGAAUCCCAGAAACCAACAGUGAAAGCUCUCCUAAUCGUGGCCUACUCAGUCAUCAUCAUCAUGUCUCUCUUUGGGAACAUGCUGGUGUGCCACGUGGUGCUGAAGAACAAGCGGAUGCACUCAGCCACCAGCCUCUUCAUCGUCAACCUGGCGGUGUCUGACAUUAUGAUCACACUGCUCAACACCCCUUUUACCCUGGUUCGUUUUGUGAACAGCACGUGGGUCUUUGGGAAGGCCAUGUGCCACGUCAGCCGCUUCGUGCAGUACUGCUCCCUCCACGUCUCCACCCUGACCCUGACAGCCAUUGCCCUGGACAGGCACCAGGUCAUCUUGUACCCACUGAAGCAGAGGAUGUCACUAACCAAGGGAGCACUGAGCAUCUCCAUUAUCUGGCUGAUGGCAACCUGUUUCUCCCUACCCCAUGCCAUCUAUCAGAAGCUUUUCCAGUACAACUAUAGGGAAGCCACAGUCCGGAGUUUGUGCCUCCCCGAUUUUCCUGAGCCCACAGAACUGGUCUGGAAAUAUCUGGACCUGUCUACCUUUCUGCUUCUUUACCUCCUGCCUCUGCUCAUCAUCACUGUCACCUACGCUCGCCUGGCCAAGAAGCUGUGGCUCCGCAAUGCCAUAGGAGACAUCACCACGCAGCAGUACCUCACCCACCACCGCAACAAGAAGAAGAGCAUCAAGAUGUUGGUGCUGGUGGUGGUGGUCUUUGCAGUCUGCUGGUUCCCUCUCAACUGCUAUGUGGUGCUCAUCUCUAGCCUGGGCAUCAAGACAAAGAACUCCCUCUACUUCGCCCUGCACUGGUUUGCCAUGAGCAGCACCUGCUACAACCCUUUCAUCUACUGCUGGCUGAACGAGAGCUUCCGCGCAGAGCUCAAGGCCCUGCUCUCCAUCUGCCAGAGGGUACCCCAGGCCCAGGACCAGGAGCUGCUGCCUGGGGCCACCUCCUGCCGGGAGGCAUGGAUGGAGCAGGCCAGGUGCAGGAAGGGACCUUCCUCACAGACCCUUUGCUCCACUGCCAACAUCCAGAUGGCCAACACGGACUUGUGA